AUGAUAACCCCCUCGGUCCCCACCAUGGCGCCCUCCACAGUCGCCUGGCUCGCUUUCGCGGCGCUGCCUCUCUUCAUCGUCGGCAGAGCGGUCUACCGAUUCUACUUCCAUCCUCUGUCAUCAAUACCCGGGCCCAAGAGUGCCGCAGUUUCGUCAUUGUAUCGGGCAUACUACGAUAUCAUCCGCGACGGAGAGUGGGUCUUGCAUCUCGAGUCUCUGCACGCAAAGUAUGGUACCGUGGUGCGCGUAGGUCCCAACGAGCUUCACUUCAGUGAUCCCCGCGCCUAUGGAGACAUCUACGGUUCAGGGUCGACUUUCACCAAGCAUCCCAUGUACAAGUGCUUCGGCUCCGGCCUCUCGGUUUUUGGCCAGACAGACUUUCAUGUCGCUGCGAAGAGACGUCAGGCACUUGGGCCCCUAUUCUCGCGGAGAGCGACGUUAAAGCUCCAGAAAGAGAUCCAGAAACACGUCGACAAACUCAUAGUGCGCCUCGGAUCCUACGAAUCUCUCGCCAAGCCCGCCGACCUGCACCUCGCCUUCCGUUCCGUGGCAUUGGACAUCAUCACCUCCUACUGCUUCUCCAAGUGCUUUAACGCCCUCGACGCCCCUGAUUUUAGCCAUCACGUCGCGAUUACAAUGGACGCCACACUCCAUCUCGCCUGGGUCUUCAAGCACUUCAUGUUCCUGCGCGGCCUCGUCGACCGCACGCCCGAGUGGCUUGGAACGCGUCUCAUGCCCGGCACAAAGGGGUACUUUGACCAGGCGAACCAGCUGGGCGGGCAGAUUGAUGAGAUCCUCGACGACCCGAGCAUCCUCCAGAAGGGCGACCACGAGACGAUGUACCACUACAUGAUCACGAAAUCCAACGUCAAGGCCGGGCUCCCACCCGUGAGCAGAGAAUGGCUGCUCCAUGAGGGCCUCAACCUCCGCUUUGCGGGAAGCGAGACCGCAGGGAACACAUGCACCAUCGCCGCGUUCUACGUCCUGCGCGAUGAGCGCCUCAAGCAAACUCUCAUGAAGGAACUCGACGACGCUUGGCCGGACGCAGACGCACCAAUGGGAUACGAGGACUUCGAACGACUGCCGUAUCUGACGGCCGUAAUCAAAGAAGCGCUAAGGCUCUCGUACGGAACCGUCACACCCAUGCCACGCGUUGUCGGUCCAUCGGGGGGCGUCGUGGCUGGGUUGGCCCUCCCACCUGGGACCGUUGUGGCGAUGGGAAACACCAUCAUGCACACUAACCCGGAAAUAUUUCCGGAUCCAUAUCGUUUUGCUCCAGAGAGAUGGCUGGCGCCCGAUGCGGCUGCGAGGCUCGACAAGUACUUGGUUGCGUUCUCUAAAGGCCCGCGACAGUGUUUGGGCACCAACCUUGCGUGGUGCGAGCUCUACCUCAUCCUGGGAAACCUCUUCCGAAAGCUCGAUCUGACAGAGGACGGUACUUCCUCGAUGGACGACCUCCACUUCAGGGAAUAUUUCAUUCCUCUUUAUCGCGGGCAUCAUCUGCACGCGUACGUCAAGAAGAGGGACUAG